ACGUAUCCGCAUUUGUCUCAAAUAUUAAGUGUAUAAUCUAUGGGCAUUUGUGUUUUGUAACUCAUAUUGAACGCACAAAAAUUAAAAAAACAAAAUGCCAUUUCAAAGGCCAGCCAGUGUUCCCAUCGGGCAGGUAUGGAGUCGUUUUAAAGGCAAAGAGAGGGAUGGAAAACCAGCUAAAAUGUACCAAAUAAGAGACAUGGACGACGCGAAAGAGAAAUGCUUAGAGUUAAUGAAGAGUACUUUUUUGAGGGACGAGCCGCUUUGUGAUGUAUUAGAAAUCAACAGGGAUCCCGUUUCAAUUGAGACUAUAGUGAAAAACUGGGAGGAAUACGUAGCGCAGAACGUCAGUCUGGCUUGUUACACCGAGGUAGACGGGGAACCUGACGAGCUGGUCGGCUUCAACAUAGUCCUGGUGAAGAGCAUCGACGAUAUAGACGAGGAUUUAGAUACGGUAAAAGGCGAAUCCUGGAAGAAGCUGCUUAGGACACUGAUAGAAGCGGAGAAUUUGUGCAACGUAUUCAAAUACUACGGCGUGGACAAGUACUUGACCUCGAGCGGGCUCACGGUGCUGCCCGAGCACCGAGGUCAGAACAUAGGAGCCAGACUGUUCGCGGCUAGAGAGCCCCUGGGAAACGCUCUUGGCAUAGAAGCGACUGCUACCGUCUUCACGGCCACCACGUCCCAGGUCUUGGCAGCGAAGUGUGGCUACGAGACGUUAGCGGAACUAAAAUACUCAGACAUGUUAAAGUUCGGAAUAAAUCUGACUGAAUGCACCACAGACAGAGCAAAACUAAUGGGCACUCGAUUCAAAAAACAACAAUAACGCGUAUUAGGAAUUUAUUUUAUUUAAGUACAAAACAUGCACGCACAAAAAAAAGAAUUAUUUUAAUAAA